AUGGAUUUUAAUUAUGCUCACUACUAUGGUAAUUCUUACCUGGAAUUUAAAGGCUUGCAUUUGAACAUACAAAACUUCAUCCGCUUGGAAUUUAAAACGUACAAUCCACAUGGACUCCUCCUGUAUACUGAAGAGAGCCCAGAAACAACAGGACAUUUUUUAAUUCAGCUUUUCAUCAAACAUGGCAACUUACAGUACCAGUUUUUAUGUGGUGAAGCUGCAAAAGUCAAAAACAUCACUACUACUACUAGAGUGGAUGAUGGACACUGGUAUGAAGUGCAAAUUAGGCAAGGUAUGGUACCUUGUGAAGCAGAAAUGUCAGUUCUGAGGAUAUCUGAAAAGACAAGUACAUCUAGAAAUUUCUGGUCCACUUCAUAUUGGCUUGAAACAGGAUCCAUAUUUAUUGGUGGUUUGCCUCAUCAUUAUGCAAUAAAACAGAUACCUGGACCUCUCUACAAUUUCACUGGCUGUAUACAAGUUAUAGAAAUUAAUGAUAUGGGACCUUUCAACUUCUCUAGUGCUGUGGGAAGAAAUAAUGUUGACAAUUGCAGGAUUCCUGUACCCACACAUCUGUCAACAGCAUUCCCUAUGGUUUCUUCUGAUGUGCCUGAGAUGCCUGAGCCUGUUGUGCCCUCUCAGAUUUUCCCCACAUUGCCAUCUGUAUGCCAGGAUGGACUGUGCCGUAAUGGAGGGACUUGUCAUCCUGUGUCUCUGCCUACUGGGGCCACCUCAUUUCAGUGCGACUGCCCACUACACUUCACUGGUCGGUUCUGCGAAAAAGACACAGCACUGUUUUUUCCAUCCUUCACUGGAAAUUCUUAUUUGGAACUACCUUCUCAGACAUCUGUAUCUGAGACCAGGACUGCAUCUGGGCAGGAAACAAGCAAUCUGACGACUCUGUACUUGGCAGUGAAAACAACUGCUCUUAAUGGCACAAUUCUUUACACUAGUGAAAGGAAUUUUGGAGAACAGUUUCUUCACUUUUAUCUUGUGGAAGGAAGACCAACAGUUCGAUUCAGCUGUGGAAACUCUCAGAACAUUCUGACUGUAUCUGUGAAUCAAUCCAUUAGCAAAGGUACACUCAUCCCUAUCACAAUAAGUUAUAUGUUGCCUGUGAGCAGUCCUGAAGGCUACUGUAUGAUUGAAAUGGCUGUAGAUGGAAAUCCUCCUGUACAACACAGACUUUCUCUUUUAUAUCAAAAAACUCAGAUCACCUUUGGAUCAAUCUUCCUUGGAAAUGUUCCUGCUCAUGAAGAGGUUCAUCAAUGUGCUGGACAGAUACAAGGCUAUAAAGGAUGCAUUAGGGAUUUUCAAGUUAACAACAAAGAGUUAUUCAUCAUAGAUGAGGCUCUUGGAGGGAGGAAUGUUGAGAAUUGCAAUGUUCCAAUAUGUGAUUAUCAUCCAUGUCACAAUGGUGGUACCUGCACAAGUGAUGCAGAAAAUUGGUUUUGUGAAUGCCCUAAGCUCUACUCUGGAAAACUCUGCCAGUUUGCAACUUGUGAAGAAAAUCCAUGUGGAAACGGUGCUACGUGUUUUCCAAAUUCCAGGCGAGAUGCUGUUUGCCUUUGCCCAUAUGGAAGAUCUGGCAUUCUCUGCAGUGAUGCUAUUAAUAUUAGCCAACCGAGUUUCAGUGGCACAGAUGCCUUUGGCUAUACCUCAUUCCUGGCUUAUUCUACAAUCCCAAAUAUCACCUUCUACUAUGAAUUCAACUUGAAAUUUCAUUUGGCAAAUCACCACUCAGCUUUACAAGAUAACCUUAUUUUUUUCACUGGACAGAAAGGUCAAGGUCUGAAUGGAGAUGAUUUCUUGGAGUUAGGCCUCCGUAAUGGCAGAGUAGUAUAUAGUUACAAUCUAGGUUCUGGCACAGCAACAAUCAUUAGCAAACCACUUGAUCUGACACUCAAUAUUCAUGUCAUCCAUCUUGGCAGAUAUCUCCAGAAAGGCUGGCUAAAGGUGAAUGAUCAGAAGAAUAAAACUGUCACUUCUCCUGGGAGACUGGUUGGACUCAAUGUUUUCAGUCAGUUUUAUUUAGGAGGCUAUCGGGAAUAUGCUCCAGAACUCCUGCCAAAGGGAUCCAGAUUUAAGAACAGCUUUCAAGGUUGCAUUUUUGAUGUUCAAGUUCGCACCAGCAUGAAUCAAGAGUUUAAAUCACCUGGAAAUCCAGAAGGUCACCCCAAUUCUGGUCGCAGUGUUGGACAAUGUAAAGAUUCACCAUGCAGUUUAAUAAAAUGCAGAAAUGGUGGGAAGUGCAUAGAAAGUGGCUCUACUGUUUACUGUGACUGCCUCGCUGGAUGGAAAGGCGCAUUUUGCACAGAAACAGUGUCAGUGUGUGAACCUGAGCACGUUCCUCCACAUCUGUGUAAGCAAGGUGGUACUUGUGUGCCGCUGCCUCAUGGCUACACAUGUCGCUGUCCUCUUGGAACAACUGGUACCUAUUGUGAACAAGAUAUUUCCAUUAGUGAUCCAUCUUUCAGAAGUAAUGAAUCAUCAUGGAUGUCAUUUGCACCCUUUUAUAUCCGGCAUAAGACUCAUAUCAAACUGCAGUUUCAGCCUCUAUCUCCAGAUGGUAUCUUGUUUUACACUGCACAGCAUUUGGGUACUCAGUCAGGUGACUUCUUAUGUAUAUCAUUAGUAAAUGGAUUUAUACAGUUACGCUACAAUCUCGGAGACAAGACAGUCAUCCUACAGACCUUUCAGCAAGUCCGUACAAAUGGAAGCAUAUGGCAUUCACUCAAAGCAGGAAGAGUAGGCAAUGAAGGCUACCUGGACCUGGAUGGUGUGAACAUUACUCAUAAAUCUAGUCCUGGAAUGAAUGCACUAGACACGCAGACAGACUUUUUUGUUGGAGGGGUGUCCUCCUUAAACCUUGUUAAUUCAAUGGCAGUAGAAAAUGAACCCACAGGUUUCACCGGUUGUAUACGAGAAGUUGUUAUCAACAACAGGGAACUGAAGCUUACUGUGACUGACCCCACAGGUGGAGCCAAUGUUGGUGACUGUGAUGGAACAGUUUGCGGGUACACGGUGUGCAAAAAUAAUGGAACAUGUAAAGCUGAAAACUCAGGCUUUUCUUGUUCUUGCCCACAGGAGUGGACAGGGAGCACAUGUGAACAAUCUAUUCACUGUUCACAACACAGGUGUGGGUCUCAGGCGCUCUGUAUUCCUCAACCUACUUUGCUUUCAUAUUCCUGCAUGUGCGCACUAGGCUGGUCAGGUAAAUACUGUGAUAGCAAAAUCCAUUUUUUUAUAGCAAAGUUUGUCGGCAACUCCUACAUCAAAUACACAGACCCUUAUUAUGGAAAAAGAGACCUCCAGCAUAGCCGCAUUUCUUUAAAUUUUACUACCAAUCAAUCCGAAGGCUUAAUAGUAUGGAUGGGGAAAGGUGAAGAUGAAGAUAAUGAUUUCCUUGCCAUUGGUCUUGCCAAUGGAACACUAAAAGUUGUGAUUAAUCUUGGAGAAAGAAUCUCUGUUCCUCUAAUUCAUACUAAUUACUCCUCUUGUUGUGACGAAAGGUGGCAUUUCAUUACUGUAGUUCAAAACCAAACUUGCAUUAAGGUCUACCUUGAUGAGGAGCCAAUUCUUUUUGAAGAUAUUGAUCCACACAGAAAAUACACUGCUUUAAACUAUGGUGGUAUUUGUUAUUUUGGUGGGUUUGAAAUUGGCAGGGAAGUCAAUACAGUCACUGCAGGGCUUUUUCACAAGGAAUUCAUUGGUAAAAUUAAAGAUGUUGUGCUCUUCCAAGACUCCAAGAAGAUUCAGCUCAUGAAAGCAGAAGGGUAUAAUGUUUACAAUGGAAAUUACAGAAAUUAACUGAAAAACUGUGUAAGUCUUUGAAAGUGAUAAAUUUUCUUUUCCUCCUGUUUCUUGUAGUAGCAGUCAGUGUAAGACUCAGGAACCAACAUAUGAAAGCACUUAAUAAUUAUCCCUAAUUAUUUUUUUUAAUGUUGAGUAUUAAUAGUUUGCCUAAAAUGUCAUCAGACGUUUUACUCAGAAAAUUACUUCUACAUAGUCCUUAGUAUUUACUUUAAAAUAACUGGAAAGUCUGAGUUUUUUUUCUGUAUUGUUCUGGAAAUAGGUGUGUAGACAAACAGGUAGUAAUUAGCUUAUAAAGCCAACCAUUACUCCAGUAUUAACUGGUUGUUGCUUUAUGAGCAGACAACUUACCUGUUCCUCCAAAACUCUUAAAUUCCAUUAGAAUGAAGAGUUUCCCUUACGACAUUUUAACAUUAAGGGCAAGUGUAAA